AUGAGUUCAAAUGCAACUGCUGAGAGAUUAAAGCAUGUUUAAGAAUUGAGGAAAGCUCACUUUUACUUUGGAUUUGAUGAAGACACAAAUCAUUAAUCUGUAGCUAAGCAACCAAUGCCAAUAUAGAAAACAGCUAAAGUUAGACCUAUGACAUCUGUUGUAGAGAAGGAUUAAAAGUUACAAUAACAGUAGCCAUUAUAGCCUAUAUAACCUCCAAAAUUACAAUAAAAUCAUUUUCAUUUAGGAGAUGACAAACCUAAAUUAGAAUCCAUAUAAAAAUCUGACUAUUAAAGACCUUAAAGUGCAGCUAUAGCUAAAUUAAGUGAUGAAACCAAGAAAGAUUUGAGAUCUCAUCAUUUCUAAUUAGGUUAUCAUGAUAUCAAUAAGCCAACUGAAUAUGAAUAAAAUUUUGGAGAUUAAGGCAAAAACAAUGUUAAGAAGGCAGAUAAUGCAGAUUUACGUAAACAUCAUCAUGAUUUUGGUGAUACAAAUAAUUAUUACUCUUCUAUGUAUGAUACUGUGCAUAAUAAACAAUAUGAUAAGGCUUUAUUAGGAUAAGGAUACUCAAAAGAAAGAAUGGCAGAAAUGAAUGUUCAAUUAAGAAAAACUAAUUUAGUUAUGGGAAGAGAUGGUAAUGGUUAUACAACCUAGAAUUAAGCUAUAUAUGGGAAACCAUAAUUAUAAGUGAAUAAUUUUCAAGAUAAGACCUAACAAUUAGUUAGAAAUACACAUAUAACUAUGGGUACAGAUAGAGUUGAAUAUACAAGUUAAGCUAAGGCUUCUCAUGUAGGAAAUUAAGGUGAUAGAUCUAUAUUAAAUGAGGCAUAAUUAAAAGAUUUAAGAGCAACACAUUUCUAAGUAGGAAAUGAUUAAGCUGUUAAUUAUUAAUCAGCAUAUAGAUCUUAAUUCUCAGAUAGAAAAGGAUAAUAAGAAUAAGUAAGGAAUCCUUAAUUUCAAUAAAAUAAUUUUGAUCUUAAAGAUGAAGUUGUAAAACCUACAAUUUAAGAACAUUAUAAAAGCACAUAUAAUCAAUAAUUUAAUGGAUAAAAGGCUGAGAAAGUNUUUGAAUAACAGAUUAAAUAAUUUAUAACAUGAGUUCAAAUGCAACUGCUGAGAGAUUAAAGCAUGUUUAAGAAUUGAGGAAAGCUCACUUUUACUUUGGAUUUGAUGAAGACACAAAUCAUUAAUCUGUAGCUAAGCAACCAAUGCCAAUAUAGAAAACAGCUAAAGUUAGACCUAUGACAUCUGUUGUAGAGAAGGAUUAAAAGUUACAAUAACAGUAGCCAUUAUAGCCUAUAUAACCUCCAAAAUUACAAUAAAAUCAUUUUCAUUUAGGAGAUGACAAACCUAAAUUAGAAUCCAUAUAAAAAUCUGACUAUUAAAGACCUUAAAGUGCAGCUAUAGCUAAAUUAAGUGAUGAAACCAAGAAAGAUUUGAGAUCUCAUCAUUUCUAAUUAGGUUAUCAUGAUAUCAAUAAGCCAACUGAAUAUGAAUAAAAUUUUGGAGAUUAAGGCAAAAACAAUGUUAAGAAGGCAGAUAAUGCAGAUUUACGUAAACAUCAUCAUGAUUUUGGUGAUACAAAUAAUUAUUACUCUUCUAUGUAUGAUACUGUGCAUAAUAAACAAUAUGAUAAGGCUUUAUUAGGAUAAGGAUACUCAAAAGAAAGAAUGGCAGAAAUGAAUGUUCAAUUAAGAAAAACUAAUUUAGUUAUGGGAAGAGAUGGUAAUGGUUAUACAACCUAGAAUUAAGCUAUAUAUGGGAAACCAUAAUUAUAAGUGAAUAAUUUUCAAGAUAAGACCUAACAAUUAGUUAGAAAUACACAUAUAACUAUGGGUACAGAUAGAGUUGAAUAUACAAGUUAAGCUAAGGCUUCUCAUGUAGGAAAUUAAGGUGAUAGAUCUAUAUUAAAUGAGGCAUAAUUAAAAGAUUUAAGAGCAACACAUUUCUAAGUAGGAAAUGAUUAAGCUGUUAAUUAUUAAUCAGCAUAUAGAUCUUAAUUCUCAGAUAGAAAAGGAUAAUAAGAAUAAGUAAGGAAUCCUUAAUUUCAAUAAAAUAAUUUUGAUCUUAAAGAUGAAGUUGUAAAACCUACAAUUUAAGAACAUUAUAAAAGCACAUAUAAUCAAUAAUUUAAUGGAUAAAAGGCUGAGAAAGUUAAUCCUAUAGUGGAUAAUUCUAAAAAUAUUAUGAUUGGAAAUGAUAAAUUAAGUUAUUAAAGUGAAGCUUAAGCAAGGUUUAGAGAUUUUCAUUCAAAACCAGGAAAAUUGUAAGAAGAAGUCUAAGCAGAGUUAAGAAAACAUCACUUUAAAUUUGGAACUGAUGAAGAUACAAUAGAAUCAGUGGCAAAAGCAUAAUUUAAGAAUCCUCAUGGAUAACCAGGUAAAAUGGAUGCAGAAAUGAAAAAAGUAAAUUUAUUAUAUAAAUAUCUUAUAGGAUUUGAGAACCCAUCACUUUUAAUUAGGUUAUUGUAGAAAUGAUUAUUAAACUCAUUAAAAAGAAUUUGGAUCAAAAUAAGGACCACCUAAUAAGUUACCUCCAGAGAUGGCUUAAAGGGUAAGAUAGAGUUCAUAUUAGAAUUGAUUAUAUAUUGUCAUAUUAUCGAUAUUAGUUAUAAUAGUGGUGGUUAUAUUUUAAUCGAAUAAUUAUGAUUAAUCCAUAAAUCACAGUUUUUAAUGUCUUCUUUAGGAAGUUAGAUUUUCUAUAGAACUUUUCGUUUUAUAGGAAAGUAAACCAGGAGAAGAAACAAAGACUAGUUGCUAUUUGGAGAAGAGUGUUUUUGGCAUCUUACUUUAUUGGAAUAAUGAGAUCAUUUUAGAAUAGAGUGAAGAUAUAUGGUGCAAUAAGACAAGAUGAUCAUAUGGAUUUAAUAGAGGAUGAAGUUUUUAAAUCAAACUAAGAAGAAAAGAAGGUAUAUGUAUUUUAUCCAGAUGAAUAAUUUAAAACAGUUUGGAAUAUGUUGUUGAUAUUUUUAUUAUUGGCAACUGCAGUUAUAACUCCAUUUAAAGUUUGUUUUGUAUGAAAUUACAUUAUUAUAAUUAGAUUGAUUCUGGAAAUGAAGGAUUUUGGUUUUGGGUUGAUGUAAUAUUUGAUGUUUUGUUCUUUGCUGAUUUAAUAAUAAACUUUUUGAGUGCAUUCUAUGAUGAGGAAUAGAAAAUUGUUGAUGAUUAUAGAAUGAUAGCAAAAUAAUAUAUUUAUGGAUGGUUUACGGUUGAUGUUAUUGCAGUUUUACCAAUUACUUAUUUUUUAGAUGAUAAUACAGAUACAGCAGCUCUUAGAUACAAUAAAUUGCUUAGAUUGAUUAGAUUGCCUCGUUUAUAUAGAUUAGUUCGUUUAUUAAAGAUUUCAAAAGCUAAUUUGAAUAUAAAAAAUAAAACAUAAGCAGCUAGAAUCCUUUCUUAUUUAGGAAUCAAUGAAGGAAUCAUUAAAGGAUUGAUUCUCUUAGGUAAAAUCUUAUUGAUAAAUCAUUUAAUUGCUUGUUUUUGGUAUUUCAUAGCAAAAUUCAAUGAAUUUGAUCCUAACACUUGGGUUGCUUAAGCACAUCUUGAAGAUACAACUCUAUAUAAUAAAUAUAUUGCUGCUUUUGAAUGGAGUUUGUAGACUCUCACAACUGUAGGUUAUGGUGAUAUUAAGGCUACUACAAUUGAAGAACGUAUAUUUGCUAUUAUUUGGAUGAUUUUUGGAACUGGAUUCUUUUCUUAUACUUUAGGAAAAUUAUCAUCUAUUUUGGAGAAUGUAGAUAAAAAAUGGGUUGAUUUUGAAAGAAGAAUGCAUUUAUUUAAUGAUUUUUCAGUUAGAGUUAAAUUACCAUAUGCUUUAAAAUGCAAAGUACAUAAAUAUUAUAGAAAUAAUUAUUUAAAAAAUGUGUAUUCAUCUCUAGAUCCUAAGAAAUUGAUUUAAGAAUUACCAUCAUAAAUUCGUAAUGAAUUGUUGAUGAUUUGUUAUAAAUAUUUGAUUGAUAGUGUUUCAUUACUUAAGAUUGAUAAGAAUUUUACAGCUACUAUACUACCUCAUCUCAAUUUUUUGGAAGUUCAUCCUGGUGAAAUCAUUUAUAGACAAGAUGAUCCACCAACAGAUAUUUAUUUUAUUGAAAAAGGCAAAGUCAAUUUUGUUACUCAUGAUAAAUAUACAUUAAUUACUUUAUUAGAGGCAUCAUUUUUUGGUGAAAUUGAAGCAUUUGAAGAUAUAAAUAGAGAAUAUUUUGCAAUUGCCAAAGAACCAACAAAUUUGUAAUUUUUUAUUAUAAAUAUAUUUAGAUUCUUUUGUUCAUAUGAUAUUUUUAGAAAUCUCUUAAAAGAAUUUCCUACAGUGGCUUCUGAGGUUAAAAUAAUUUAUGAUAAAAGGAAAUCCAAAUAUAAAACAUGUUUAUAUAUGAUUGAAUUAUAGAGAAAACGUAAUUCUGGAUCUGAUCCAAAAGAAGUAUUCAUUUAUAUUAAUGUAGGAAUUAUAAAAUAGUACUUAAUAUUAUUUAGGAUUAAUUGCUCAAUAUGAAGAAGAGUAAAAUAAAAUGAAUUCUACUAAAGGAUUAGUUAAUACAAAGAAGAAAAGUGUACUCGAUUAAUUUUCUUUUAAAAAGAAAUAAUAAAAAAUGUCUGUGUUUCAAACACUCAAAUGA